AUGGUUAAAUCGUAUAAUCGUUAUGAUCAAGAGAAAUGUUUUGGAUUGAUAACUUCUCAGUCUAAUAUAGUAUGGUUACCACCAUCAGAAACUCAAUCUUCAACUUCAUUAGGAAGAGCAUUAACUUCAGGAUUAGAAGAAAUUUUAAUUUGGGAUAUUAAAACCGGUGAAUUAUUGCAAAAAUUUAAAGAUGGAUUGAACCCAGGUGAAUCAAAUGCUUCAACUUCAAUACCACCAUCACCAAUAACAUAUUUAACACAUCAUCAACAAACAAAUUUAAUUAGUGCAGGAUAUAUGGACGGUACAGUUAAAAUUUGGGAUUUAGCUUCACAAUCAGUUUUAAUCACAUUUCAAGGUCAUAAAUCAAGUAUAACGCAAUUGAAAUUCGAUAGAAAUGGUACUAGACUAAUAUCAGGAUCAAAUGAUUCUACCAUUAUAAUGUGGGAUUUAAUUGGUGAAGAAGGUUUAUUUAAAUUAAAAGGUCAUAAAGGACCAAUCCAUGGAUUGCAAUUUUUAUCACAACAGGAGAAAAAAGAUGGAAGUGAUGACUUAGAUGACUAUUUAAUAAGUUGCUCAAAAGAUGGGCUAAUUAAAUUAUGGGAAUUAAAAUCUCAACAAUGUAUUGAAACUCACUUAGCUCAUUCAAAUGAAUGUUGGACCAUGGGAAUAAAUAAAGGUCAGAAUUUAUUAAUAACAAGUGGGAAUAAAGAUCAAGUCAAAGUUUGGGAUCUUGAUUUGAGUAAAGAAGAUGGAUUAAAAAUACAAGAAAAAGGUGAAAUGGAAAAACAGAGUAAAGCAAGAGCAAAUGAAAUUGAAUUUAAAUAUCUUAAAAAUACUGAAUUAUUUUCAAUACAAAAUGCAGAUAGAACAAUUGAAAUUUUUAGAAUAAGGUCGGAAGAUGAAAUAAAGAAAGGUGUAAAUAAAAGAACUAAAAGAUUAAAAGAAAAAGGAAUGAGAGAAGAAGAAAUCUUACUCUCAAUAAAAGAAUCAGAAAUAAGUAUAUUAAUUACUACAUUUACCACAAUAAGAACCACAGCAAAAAUAAAAUCAUGUCAAUGGAUAAAUAAUUCGAAGAAAUUGGAUAUACUAAUUGCAUUAACAAAUAAUUCAAUAGAAUAUGAUACCAUUCCAAUACCUGAAAGUGUGAAAAAAGCACAACCAACAGAUUUAAUCUUGCAGAAAUUGCAUUCAAUUGAUUUAUUGGGUCAUAGAUUUGAUAUUAGAGCUAUGGAUAUUUCACCAGAUGAUAAUAAAUUAUUAGCUACUGCAUCAAAUGGAGAAUUGAAAGUUUGGAAUAUUUCAACUUUAAAUGUUAUACGUUCCUUUAGUUUAGAAGGUGGUUAUGCAUUAACCUGUAAAUUUUUACCUGGAGGUUCAUUAAUUGUUGUUGGUUUUAAAAAUGGUGAUUUGGAAUUGUAUGAUUUAGCUACUAGCUCAUUAGUUGAUAGAAUUGAAAAUGCGCAUAAGCUAGAAGAAGGUAAUGAUGCAGCUAUAUGGUCAUUAGACUUAACGCCAGAUGGUAAAACUUUAGUCACUGGUGGUAAUGAUAAAUGUGUUAAAUUUUGGGAUUUCAAAGUGGAAACUGAAGUUAUACCCGGUACAAACAAUAAAAGUUCUAUACUAAAAUUCCAUCAUAAACAAACAUUAGAAAUGAAUGAAGAUGUAUUGUGUGUUCGAAUAUCACCAGAUUCAAAGUUUUUAGCAAUUUCAUUAUUAAAUAAUAAUGUUCAAGUUGUAUUUUUAGAUUCAUUCAAAUUAUUUUUAACAUUAUAUGGACAUAAAUUGCCAGUAUUAUCAAUUGAUAUAUCUCAUGAUUCAAAAUUGAUCAUAACUUCAUCAGCAGAUAAGAAUAUAAAAAUUUGGGGUUUAGAUUUUGGUGAUUGUCAUAAAUCAAUUUUUGCUCAUCAAGAUUCAAUUAUGAAUGUUAAAUUUAUUGGUGAUACACAUAAUUUUUUUUCAAGUGGUAAAGAUGGAUUAAUCAAAUAUUGGGAUGGUGAUAAAUUUGAAUGUAUACAAAAAUUACCAGCACAUCAAAGUGAAGUUUGGUGUAUGGCCGUAAGUAAUAAUGGGUUAUUUAUGUGUUCAACAUCUCAUGAUCAUUCAAUUAGAUUAUGGUCAGCAACUAACGAUCAAGUAUUUUUAGAAGAAGAAAGAGAAAAAGAAUUGGAUGAACAAUACGAGAAUACAUUGUUAAAGCAAUUGGACGAUGAACAAGAUAGGCUAAAGAAUGAAGAAGAUGAAGAAAUAGAUGAAUCAACAAAAGUUUCAAAACAAACAAUGGAAACCUUGAAAGCAGGUGAAAAAUUAAUUGAAGCUUUAGAUAUCGGUAUAGAAGAUAUUGAAGCUACUGCUGAAUAUCAAGGUUUGAUUAAAAAAGGUAAAUCAGUGUCAAAACCAACUCCUAAUUCAAUAUUACUCGCAUUUAAUUUAACUGGAUCUCAAUAUGUAUUAAAUACAUUACUUAAAAUUAAACCAUCACAAUUAGAUGAUGCUUUAUUAGUAAUACCAUUUUCAUAUACGUUGAAGUUAUUAAGAUUUAUUGAGAUUUGGACAAAUGAUGAGAAUAUAAAUCUAAAUUUUGUUAAUUUGUCGAUCAUUUGUAAAGUUUUAUUUUUCAUUAUAAAUUCAAAUUUAAAAGAAUUUAUUAAUCAAAGAGAUUCAGUGUUGAAAAAUCAAUUAAUCAAAGUCAAAGAACAAUUGAGAGGUCAUUUACAAAAAAAUAGCGAGAUAUUAGGUGUUAAUACUCAAGGUUUGAAAUUUAUUAAACAACAAUGGAGAUUGAAUCAUGUUAAUGAAUUUAUCGAUCAAGAUGAACAAACUAAGUAUAAUGAAAAACAUGCAAUAAAAAGAAGUUAUCAAACUAUAUAG